UUCUUCUUCCUGUUCGCUCCGCCUGCAGCGCCGUCACACAACGCCGCCUCCCGUCCCCAUGGACACUCCACCUUCAAUCUCCGCCUCCUCCUCGCCGGCGGCUGCAUCCAGCCCCCGUACUGACCCAGACGAUGCCCUUGUCUCGUCCGUGGCGGACGCGCUCGUCGCCGCCUCCCGCCUGCCCUCGCCGCCGCCCAUGGACACCGUCCUGGCCCCGUACCUCCCGCGCCUCACCGCCUCGCACCACCCGCGCGUGCUCUCCCUUGCCGCCGCCAACCCGUCGCUCGCCUCGCCGCGCGCUCUCCUCGCCUACCGCCGCCUCGUCUCGCCUCCUUCCUGCCUUCCCUCCCUCCUCCCGCUCCUCCCCGUGCUCCCCUACCGCGACCUCCUCCCGCUCCUCCUCGACUUCGUUCCGCUCGACCCGCCGCGCCGACUCCACCGCCACCUCCUCUCGACUCUCCCCACGAGCGCGCUCGCCGACGCCGCGCUCUCCGCGUACGCCCGCCUCCGCCGCCCCCACCUCGCCGCGCAGCUCCUCCACUCCUUCCGACGCCGCGGGCGCGUCCGCCCCUCCCUCCAGGCAGCUAACGCCGUACUCUCCGCCCUCGCGCGCAGCCCCUCCACCUCGCCGCAGGCCUCUCUGGACGCCUUCCGCUCCCUCAUCGGUUUGCGGCUCCACCCCAACCAUUACACCUUCAACCUCCUGGUCCACACCCACUGCUCCAAGGGCACCCUCGCCGACGCCCUUUCAACGCUCUCCACAAUGCAGGGUUUUGGACUCUCCCCCGACGCUGUCACCUACAACACGCUUCUCAACGCGCACUGUCGCAAGGGCAUGCUUGGCGAGGCGCGGGCGCUGCUGGCCAGGAUGAAGAAGGAGGGGAUCGCGCCCAUCAGGCCCACGUAUAAUACCCUCGUCUCAGCAUAUGCAAGGCUCGGGUGGAUGAAGCAAGCGACCAAGGUCGUGGAGGCCAUGACGGCGUUCGGGUUCGAGCCCGACCUGUGGACGUACAAUGUGCUUGCAGCAGGGCUCUGCCAGGCAGGGAAGGUCGGCGAGGCAUUUAGGCUGAAGGAUGAGAUGGAGCGGCUCGGCAUAGUAUCACCUGAUGUAGUCACCUACAAUACCCUUCUUGAUGCAUGCUUUAAGUGGCAGUGCUCUUCAGAUGCACUGAAUCUGCUCGAGGAAAUGCGUGACAAAGGGGUGAAGGCAAGUUUGGUCACACAUAACAUUGUUGUGAAGGGGCUCUGCAGGGAAGGACAAUUGGAAGAGGCAUUAGGGCGCCUCAAAAUGAUGGAAGAGGAGGGGUUGGCACCAGAUGUGAUUACGUACAAUACAUUGAUUGAUGCAUAUUGCAAAGCCUGCAAUGUUGCCAAAGCAUUCAUGUUGAUGGAUGAGAUGGUGAGAAGGGGGCUCAAAAUGGACACUUUCACCCUGAACACUUUACUAUUUAACCUAUGCAAAGAGAAGCGUUAUGAAGAGGCUGAGGAGCUCUUACAUUCACCACCCCAGAGGGGUUUUGUACCUGAUGAAGUCAGCUAUGGUACAGUGAUGGCAGCCUACUUUAAGGAGUAUAAUCCAGAGCCUGCACAGCGUCUGUGGGAUGAAAUGGUCGAAAGGAAGUUAACACCUAGUGUUUCUACUUAUAACACAUUGAUCAAAGGGCUUUCCAGAAUGGGUAAGUUGAAAGAGGCUGUUGAUAAAUUGAAUGAGCUGAUGGAGAAGGGGUUGGUGCCAGAUGACACCACCUACAAUAUCAUCAUUCAUGCCUACUGUAAGGAGGGGGACUUGGAGAACGCUUUCCAGUUCCACAACAAGAUGGUGGAGAACUCUUUUAAGCCAGAUGUUGUUACCUGCAACACUUUGAUGAAUGGGCUUUGUCUGUAUGGCAAGCUUGACAAAGCAUUGAAGCUUUUCGAGUCAUGGGUAGAGAAAGGGAAGAAGGUUGAUGUCAUCACAUAUAACACCUUAAUUCAUGCUUUGUGCAAAGAUAGCAAUGUUGAUAUGGCUUUGCAUUUCUUUGCUGACAUGGAGGCCAGAGGCUUGCAGCCUGAUGCAUUUACUUACAAUGUUGUGUUGUCUGCACUAUCUGAGGCAGAGCGAUCAGAGGAAGCACAGAAUAUGCUGCAUAAGUUGGAGGACAGUGGAAAAUUAUCUGAAAAAUAUUAUCCUGUAAUGAAUGAGACAGGGAAGAACCCAGAUCUUAAAUGUGACGCUGAGAUUGGUGGAAAUGCACAAAGCGAUGAUCAGGAGAACUAUAACAAACGUGUAAAUGAGCUCUGCAUUGGAGGGCAACUGAAAGAAGCUAAGGCUGUUUUAGAUGAGAUGAUGCAAAAGGGCAUGUCUGUUGACAGUUCAACUUAUAUCACUUUGAUGGAAGGCCUUAUCAAAAGGCAAAAGAGGCAAACCCAUGCAGCUGGAUAGUAUAUGAUGUGGGUUUUGCUGCUUUGACAUGUGACAAUGUCAAUGCUUUUGCCAUGACUUCCUCAAAUGGUCAUAAGCGGACUAGGUAUACUAUCUGGUCCAUGGAAUAUAUUAAAUUCAAGAAUAUCAGUGGCAACAAUUUGAAAUUUUUAGGUUCCUGUGAAAUCAGAGGGUGAUGCCAGCCUUUCUAGCAAGAGAAAAUGAAGAUCAUUCUGACCAGGUCCAGUUGGUGCAAACAGAGCAUCAAAUGGAUGAGAAACUAUUGUUAUUUGGACCAAUUGGCUGGCUAUUCGAUUGAAAUAUGGGGAAUGAUUUUUACAGAAGCUUGGUGGCAAGCAUACUACUGCCUUAAUCUUGCUUCCGUCAUUGCAGGAUGUAUGCACUAGUGGGCCAUUCAUCUCAACGAAGCUUUUGAUACCCUUUGGGCCUGCCCUAGCUGUAUGUAAUGUAACCUUGCGUCCUGUAGUACUGCUUUAGGUGCACAUAGGUUGCUGAUUCUUUGUGAUCAAAGAGUGACUUGAAAUUUUGAAGUUAUUUUGUUUGUUGCUGAUGGACAAUUUUGCAACAUCAAAUCUUAUAGUAGAGAAUUAAAUAUUCAAUCUGACUAUUUAUUAUCA